AUGGCAUUCUGCAAAGAUCUUGGAUUUGAACUACAACUAGUAUUUUCAGACUCUAAACCAUCUGCUACACACCUAACUGUUGGCAGUGUCCUGGAAAUCUUCAGCUUUGGAAAAUCAAAAAAAAUGGAAUAUAAAAGUAUUGUUGAAUGUAUUGGACAAAUUGUGGCUAUUAGAGAUGUUAACAUUCAAGCAUGUAUUUCAAAAAUUCACCGUGCUGCCAGUUCUGACAAAAAGAAAAGGGGAAAGCUGAAAGAAGAAUUUAGAAAUGAAACAUUCAUAGUGCCAACAGAGUCCACAUCAGCCUCCACCAUAGCUUCUACUUCUGGCUGUACCUUAGUCUCUCUACAAAUGCCUAGUACAGCAACACUAACAACAGAAACAAAGGAGAAAAAAGUUAACAUCUUACAGACACAGUUGAAAGAAAGAAGACUCAAAGUGCAGGAGUUAGUACAAUCAAAUAAAUUAUUGAAAAGAAAGUUAGGUAGAAGAGAGUCCAAGAAAUGCAGAGAAAGUUUCCAAAGGAAGGUGGAGAAGGAGACAGCGGUUGCUCUGAAAAGUGUGAAGACUGUUCAAAAAGAGCUCAAGGUUAAAACAGCCCUUCUUACGAAAGCCCAGACCAGAAGUAAGAACAAUUAUUCUUCUCUGAUCAAUGCAAAUCGAAAAUUGAAAUCAUUGGAACACAGAGUAAAGAGUUUGGAAAAUGACAAGGAAAAAUUAGAUGCAAUUUUGCGAAAGACAGAGGAAGAAAAGAAAACCAUAUGCGACAGAAACAAGAUUGUCUUAAAAGAAAACAAAGACUUGCAUAUCUCCAAUGAUUACAUGCAAGGUUUGUUACUGGAUGAAUGUGACCUUCAUGUGUAUGAUCAUCAAUCUAACACUUUUACUCCUGAAUUAGUUGAAUGUGCGAUGAACUUAACCAAUUUAAAAGUGGCUACGCACAAUGUUGGACCUGUUAUCAGAGAAGUCUCUUCAUUAUGUGGGAAGAUACCCAACCGUCUCCCAUCUCGCACAACUGUAGAUAAUAUGGUUGACAGAAAAGUUUCCCUGUCACAAAAGCAACUUGGAACUGUUCUUUCUGCAAAAGAAGAAACAACAUUAUAUACAGAUGAGACUAGAAAACAUGGACACACCUAUCAAAGCUAUUUGAUUACAGACAAAGACAAAAAUUCGUAUCUGCUUGGUCUUCGGGAAAUGGAAAACAAAAGUGGGCAGUGUACUCUAGACACAAUGAAAGAAAUACUGAAAGAUAUUUCAGACUAUUGUUCACAUUCAGAGGACAAAGAAGCAGAUUGUGAACCUGGACAAACAGUAGGAUAUCAUAUAUUGAAAAAUGUAUGUAAUACUAUGUCUGACCGUGCCAGUACAGAAAAACAUUUCAAUGUCUUGCUGCAAGAAUAUAGGAAUAAGAUUUUACCUGAUGUUGUUUACAACUAUACAAAUUUAACAACACAAGAAAAAGAACUGUGUGGCCAGAUGAAUAACUUUUUCUGUGGUCUACACCUGUUAGUUGGCAUAGCAGAUGUGUCUGAAGCAUCAUUAAAAAAGUUUGAAACAGCAUAUCUUGAUGGAAAACUGAUAGGAUCAGCACAAAAGCCUGAACUUCAGCGAUACCACAAGUCAGAGAGUGGUACUUUGCGACUUUUGCGCACAUGCAGCAAAGCCUUUGCGAUGGGAGAGGAUGAAAAAAAUGGUGUGUUUUUGCCAUGGAAAACUUAUCUUGGAAGCAAAGGAGAAAAGAAAAACCAUAUUCUGAGGUUCAAACAUAACCGCUUCAACAUGGUAUUCCUAAUUGGGCAAGCAGUUUACUACCACUCACAAGACAUUCAGGAAUUUCUAGGUAAUGUUCAUGGAACGUCAAAUGAUCUUCUGAAAGCUGUUUUGCUUGAUGCAAAAGAAACCCUGUUUUUAGCUGGUGCCAAGGUUCUUGGCCUCGUUUCCAAGUUCAUAACAGCCCCAACUGUGGCGCUUGAUUGA